AAUAAGGCGUGGCCACGAGAUAACAAGUCGUGGCCACGAUAUAAUAAGUCGAGGCCACGAGAUGAAUAAGGCGUGGCCACGAUAUAAUAAGUCGAGGCCACGAGAUAAAUAAGGCGUGGCCACGACAUAAUUUAGCCAAUGAAAACUCAGGUUACGUAUUUUCGAAUUUUAGGAUGGAGGACCUCGAGCGUUUUCUCACAGACAGGGGAGUUCCUAGCGAAAACGUUCAGCUACUUGUUGCUGACAAGAUCGAUCCAAGCCUUAUCCUUGAGAUGAAGGAUGAAGAGCUUUCUAGAUAUAUUCCUACAUACGGGGACAGGCUUGCGACGGUAGUCUGGUGCAAGUCAAGGCAAUUGGAAAACCCAGAAAAACAGACCAAAUCAAGCGGAUUGUUCGACAGAAUUCGAGAAAAAAUGUCAAAUCGAAGAAAGAGGGGUCAGAAAGAUUUUGACUUUCUGCAAGGUAACAAAAACGCAAGAAAAACAUCUCGGCGAAUUGAAGUUGGGUGGAUGGAUUUUGACACGAAGGUUAAUGCCUUUAAGCAAGUGCGGAGUCAAAACGGGGGUGGGACAAGACAUUUAUCAGUUUAUAGGGAUGCUGGACAAGCAGAUAUUCUGGCAGUAGCCAAACAACUGUUCUUUACCGAUGGUGAAAGCAAAAGGGGAAACGAGGCGCAAUUCACUUUCUCCAUCAAAGAUUUUAAAGGGGAAGAAAUGGGCCAAAAAACAGUGGCUAAUGUAUAUGAGGAAACUAAAGUAAAGAUUAUUCGUUUCUACAUGUACACAAAGAAAAAAGAGAAUGAGCAAGAUCUGUCAACUGACGUGGUCCAACACCAGUCUAACAAUGAAUCGGCGAGUCAAAAAAAGAUUGAUGACGGCACUCCAAUUGCUUCUACGGGAACGCCUACUGCUUCUCCUGGGACGCCUACUAUUUCUACUGGGAUGCCCACUGCUUCUACCAGGACGCCCACUGCUUCUACCGGGACGUUUACUGCUUCUACCGGGACGUCUACUGCUUCUACCGGGACGUCUACUGCUUCUACUGGGACGUCUACUGCUUCUACCGGGACGUCUACUGCUUCUACCGGGACGACUACUGCUUCUACGGGGACGCCGACUGUUGUUUUCAACUCGGGCAGUGCAAUGCAGUCAAUUUCAACUGAUGAUUCACUACCAGAUCUAGACACUGUUUCAUCAGAAGGCGGGGAAGCCGAACUUGGUGUUGAAGACCAAAAUGGUGAAACUGUAGACAGCACGGUCACAUACAAUGACGUGGAUUCAAGUGAAGGAAGUGACUUGGCAGUAUUUGACAUACCAAGGCAGUCCAACAGGAACCUUGUGUAUACCCGGAGUGACCAGCCACUCCCCCUUCAGCCUCCACCCCUUAGACUUGAGGCCGUGCGACAUUCAGAAAAUCUUCACGAGAUAUUGACCAGACUCGCGUCAGUGAUCAAUAAAGAACGACGGAACAUUGUUAAUGUCACAAGACGUAAUGUAAUGUCAGGUGGCAUCAGAGCUUUCAACAGGCCAUCUUUCAACCCUGAAAAUGGCUUGUCUGUUAAGUUUGCUGGGGAAUAUGCAAUAGACGAUGGCGGGCCAAGCAGGGAGUUUUUAAGAUUGCUCAUGAAAGAAAUAUCUUCUCUCCCCAUAUUUACCGGUGACGAGACAAAAAAGAUGCUGGAUUUGAAUUACACUGCCCUACAAAGCGGUCUCUACUUGACAGCGGGGAAGAUGAUAGCAUAUUCUGUCGUACACAAUGGACCUCUUCCACGGUUUUUCAGUCCACUGCUGUUCAGUACGCUUGUUGGCGACAGCCAAAUUCAGCCAAAGAUUGAUGACAUCCAAGAUGUCGCACAGAGGGAAAGUCUACUGAAGAUACGAAAUGCAGAGGAUAUGUCUUCGUUCCUGGAUGCCGUAGGUGGUGCUGAUCAACUUAUCCAACUUGCUGGAUGUUACUCUCUUACUCUCUCCUUAGCAAAGAAGGAAGAACUUUGUGAUGCCUUGAUCCAUUUUAUUGUGCUUGGCAGAAUCAAAGAGUGCCUAGAUCAAUUCCAAAAAGGACUGGCCACUUUGGGAGUGCUUGCAGAAAUGCGUGUUCACAUCAAAGAAGUAAGGGAACUUUUCUGUUUCGAUGAAAAGUAUGAAUUGAACGCUUCUGUGCUUGAAAUGGUGUUCAGUGAACCAUCCUUCUCCGAACCUGGGAGCAACAGGCGCAGAAUGGAAGAAGAGACAGUCAGUUAUUGGAUGGACUAUCUUCUGGACGUAGCAGAGGGCACAGAAUCAGUCACCCUGAGUGACAUAUUGGUUUUUGCGACUGGCGCGGGAUCCAUUCCUCCCCUUGGUCUCCAUCCACAGCCGCAGCUGACAUUCCACACUGCAAUUGAACUCAACCCUGAGAACAGAGAGAACUUCCCUCGAGCUAACACAUGUGCAAAUGUAUUAGACAUUCCAAUGAUCAGUAAUUAUAACCUGUUCAAGAAAAACAUGAAUGCAGCAAUCAGUGUGAAUAUCUUCACUUCCGAGUGAAAAGACGGGCAUGACUGUUUGUCAUGAAUUGUCUUCCCCCUUUAAGUUUUGUUUUGCAUUUGUUUCACUUUUACAGAACUGUUCUGCUAUAAUCGAUUGAGCUUUUAGUCUAAUUUUAUUGAAUCUGUUACUACCAAAUAGGUUAAUUGGUACUGACAUCUGAUUGUUUAAGAAGAUUUUAUUUACACCUGUUCAAAACAUUUUUAGACGAAUGUCCUAUCGUAUUAUUUCUAAUAUACAAACCAGGUGUUGAAUUUUUAAUGGUUUGAUGAGGUAUGUUAUUAAAGUUUAGUUUAAAGGAAUUGCAUGCUUUGAUAUCAACAUGACAAUACCGUGUUCCCUGUAGGGUCAGAAGAGGGGUCGUUUGAAUCAUUUUACAUUUUGUGCUUUUGGUACAAGAGAAACCUUAAAUUACUAUGACCCGUUUAAAUGUGUCUCUUAAUGUGAAAAUUAAGCGGAAUUUGUUUUUGGAGUUUUUGUUGAGACAAAGAAAUAUUAGCUCAUAGGUUUGUGGCAUAUAGUAAACGUGUUAUUUUGUAAGCCUGUAAAGAACGUUUAUUGUAAUGAAACGAAGAAGGAUGCAGAUAUGUUCUUUCUUUAAAACCCCAAAUACGUUUAAAUGACCAUUGUAAGCAAGUUUUUUUGCAGUCAACAUGUUUAUGUUGUAAUGGAAAUUAAAAAAAUAUUGAUGUUGUUGGUUAAGAAUUACUAAGUUUGGGUACAGAAGGUUUAAAACUUACAAAUAUCGCAUCUGUUAACAUUUUGAUUUAUUUGGAUUGCAUAUUAUGAACAUCUUGUUAUGUUUUGAACAGACAGAAUAAAUCCUGUUUAAUUGAUAAAAGUUAAUGGAAGUCACUCUACCCCAGAUAUCCUGUUUUUUUCCCGGUGUGGAUU